AACUAGGAUGAGUAACUGUAGCAGGAGAUUAGCUGCUGGGGAAAGACAUUUGACGUUUUAAGGGAUUUAAGUGAGAUCUAGAAGGGAUUUAACCAUGGCCACAGCCAGUACUACAGAGAAUGGGCCGACUUCGCGUUCCGAGGAGAGCCAAGAAGCGCAAGCAAAUGUCAACGCCACAACUGAAUACUGCGCAAAGUUACAGGAAUGGAUGUGGCAGUACUACUGGGGCUAUGCAAAUUGGCAAAGCUGGAUGACUCUGACUACGUUUCCUUUUCCCCCGUGCAAUUUUCCCGUAGCUGGAAACUAUCAAGCACCGACUGGAACUCCAUGGCCCGCUGGACAACCAACUUUAGAUGCCCGAUAUGGGUACAACUAUCCGGGAAUAGGGUACCCCUUUCCAUUCGCUGCGCCCCCGACUACGGGCUUUCAGACAGGGCAGCAGAUGACAGCUGGGACACUGCCUCAUGAUGCAAGGCCAGUGCAACAACAGAACGGAAACGCACCUCAAGCAGGUCGGGAAUACACCAUCCCUUCUCCCCUCCACAGAUUCCUAGCAGAGAUGGUGGACUUCUUUAUUUUAUUUUGUGUCAAGGCAACCAUCAUCCUGUGGAUUAUGCACCUUAGUGGCAUGAAGGACAUCACUAAGUUCGUCACCCACUUCAUAGUUGAGGAGAUAGAUGAGAACACGUCUAUGGAGGACCUGCAGAAGAUGAUGGCAGUAGCUCUGGUCUACAGGGUGCUGGUCUGUUUCUAUGAGAUCAUCUGUAUCUGGGGGGCGGGCGGUGCCACCCCAGGGAAGUUCCUUCUUGGUCUUCGGGUCGUGACAUGUAACAGUUCAGUCCUGGUCCGACCUAACCGAGUACUGGUGGUACCGGCAUCUAACGUCACCCUGUCCGCUUCCACGGUGCGGGCGUUGAACAAGAACUUCUCCAUUGCCUUCCUGUUCCCCGUCUUCAUUAUCCUCCUCUUCUUCCAACACAACAGGACUGUCUAUGAUGUUGUAGCUGGAACCAUCGUGGUGCAGCGCAGAGGGGCCAGAUAAAAUACCCUGUAGUUGAUCUGAACAGGGUCCUGUUCAGUAGGGAACACCAUAGCAUAACACUUUGCAACACAAAAUGUAAAUCUGUGUUCUUAUUGGACAUGUUCAGGUACCUUCCUGUUUCAUUAAGUAUGAAAAUGUUUCUCUCUUUUGAACACAACAGACUUUGGGCUUCUAGAACUGAACAGAAGGCCUGUAAUACAGAACUAGGCCUCAGACUGAAACCCACUCAGGACAGAUUGGAGUUUGUUACAACGUUAUAAAGAAGGCUCAUGGGGAGGCCGCAGAACAGAACAUCAUGGUUGUUUUAUCGUCUUCAUUCAUAAAGCAUGGUUACUAAACCAUUCCCUAGUUACCACAUAGAAUUUGACAGCUGAAUAUUUCAAUGGAAUGCUCGAAAAGUUGUAUGUCAUGUUUUAUAUGCAAUUGUAGACUGACUCGUAUAUGGAUAAGGGCAUAUUCCAGGUGAAGAUGAAAGGCUUUUUUUAACCUUUAUUUCACUAGGCAAGUCAGUUAAGAACAAAUUCUUAUUUUCAAUGAUGGCCUAAGAACAGUGGGUUAACUGCCUGUUCAGGGGCAGAAUGACAGAAUGACCUUGUCAGCUCGGGGGUUUGAACUUGCAAUCUUCUGGUUCCUAGUCCAACGCUCUACUCACUAGGCUACCCUGCCACCCCAUGUGAUGGGGUUGUUUGCACAGUGGCCAUUCCGUAUUGUCUAAAUGGAACUAAAAACUGUUACUUGGGUCUUUUUUAAUUUACUGAACUCCUCUGAAUUUUGCCUUGAGGCUGUCUGUCUUUCUGGGCCACAUUUUCAGCAGCAGGUUUGCAUUCUACUGUCUAGUUCUUUUUUCGCCAGACUCAGACAUUUGUCAUUCUGAUCCAAAUCACAGAUUAUAAUCUGGACAUUCCAGACUCUUCCUCACAAAUAGGAGGUUGUGUGUGUGUGUGUGUGUGUGUGUGUGUGUGUGUGUGUGUGUGUGUGUGUGUGUGUGUGUGUGUGUGUGUGUGUGUGUGUGU